AUGCUGUCGUCAGAUGGUGUUAGGUCUGGAGAAGUGUGUGUUUCACCUGAGCAACGUGGACUUCAGUUAUGUGAGGCGAUUGAAGCGGGACUUGUUGACACGAAGUCCGGACUGGUUCGUGAUCCGUCUAGUGGUGAGGUGUUGACGUUGUCGCAGGCUGUGAAGAGUGGGCUUAUAUCAGGCGAGCAGUCGUUGGUCCGUGAUCCUGGUUCCGGACGUCUCGAGAGUCUUGGUAGGAUGAUGUUGACAGGUUUGUUGUCGCCUGCAGGUUUGAUUGCUCUUGCGAUGGAGUCGAUGUCUUCGAGAUCAGGAGAUGUGGUGUGUCCAUCGACGGAUGGUUUGGAGCCAGUUGUAGAUGUUGGUGUAGGAAGGUUGUCUGAGUUGGGAUCUGUCGGUGGGACGAGUGAUUCAUUGUGUGUGGAUGAGGUUGGUGCACCUGUGGUAGACUUGAAAGCUCAACAGCGGGAUUCUAGUGGUCCAGAUGCUUUUUAUUUGAACUCUCAUCUGACUGAUAAUCAUCCUGUUUCGAUGAGGUCACACCUUUUUGAAGGUUGUGUGUUUGCCCAUGUGACUCCUGUUGCAUCAAUAUUUAGUCGUUCGUCUGCUUCCACAUUGUUCGACUCUACAGAACCAGAGACUACAAGAAAGCUGAUAUCUCAACUUUCUACUGCUUUGGAUAAAGAAACUUCGUGGAUAACUGGUUUAGAAUUAAAACUUCUAGAAAUGGGACAUUUAACUUUAGAUGACAAUUUAAACCGCCAUCUCUUAGACGAUCACCAAGAAAUUUUAGAUACAAUUCGUACUCGUCAAUCUUCAAGUAGAUCCGUGUUAUUCCAAACUGAACAAGCUAUUGAAACUUUACGUCAUACUAAUCAACCAGAAUCUGUUUGGAAAUCAUUAGAGUUGAAUUGUCAAGAAUUACGAUCACGUUUAGAAGAUCUACAAACUGAAGCUGAAAGUCGAGUUCGAAUUCUACUUCAUAGUCUAGAUUCAUUGGAACAUCUUACUGAUAAAUUACAAAGUCUUCGUAGUCUAUUGGAAAAUUUAAGUUCUGUUUUGAUUGUUGCUAACACACCAUCUAUAAACACUACUACUACAACUACUACUGCUACAACCACCAUUGGAAAGAAUCAAUUGUCGAAUAACCUGAAAACAAUUAAUCAUCCAAAUGAAAUAGAUUCAUGUAUAUUACAAUUGAAAGCAGCAUUAAGUGAAUCGAAUUCAUCACAUAACAAUAUGAUCAGUACAUUACCAAGUGUAAAGCAGAAAUUCAUUUCAUCUGUUAAUCGUUAUGCUGAUAGUAAGAAAACUUAUAAUAUCAAAUUGAAUCAUUUCACUGGAUUAGAUUGUAAACAAUAUGAAAAUGAAAUUCAACGAAACAAUACAGAAUUAGAAAAUAGAGUAGAGUGUACAGUGAAAGAAGCCAACCAUCGACUUAUACAUUUGACUAGUUGUUUAGACACUCAAUUGGCAUAUCUUACAGAAAUUAAUAUUCUAUACAAACAAUAUGAAAAACAUGUAACUGAUGAAUCAGUGGAUCAAUUGAAUAAAAUUAAAUUACAAUUAAAUAACAUUCAAAAAUGUCUACUCCAAUCUAACGAGUUGCAUACUUUCACAGGGAAUAAAAUUAAAAAGCUGAGUCAAGAACAAUUAAAUAAAUUAUAUGUCAUACAUAGUGAUUUAAACACAAUUGAAAAUGAUUUAAAAAAUUUGAAAUCGAUUGAAUUACAGUUAAUCGAAGAGAAAUGCACAGAAGCUAAUCUUAUGACAAAUAAUUUAAUGCAUGCAAUUCAUCAACCAGUACAAAAUGCUUUCAAUUAUCAACAACAGUUAGUUGAUCAAUGUGAAAAAUUACAAAAACAAUUUAUGAAAUAUUUGCUAACCAAUCAAACAACACAAGAAUGUUUAAAUGAAUUUUUAAAUAAAACAAAUCAAAUUGGUGAUCAAUUAUCAACGGAUUAUAAUACUGAUGAUGUUAACAAACAGUCUACGGAAUUGCCUCCUACAGAUAUAAAUAAAUUAAAUGAAACUUUAGCACAAAUUAAUAAUAUACAGCUGGCUUCAAAGACAAUAAGAAAUCGUUUAAAUCAAACAAUGGAACAAAUUAAAACAACUGAUCCUAGUAAAUUACGAUUAGCACAAUCGGAAUUGAAACAGACGGAUAUUCUAGACAAUCGACUUGAAACUUUGAAGGAUGAUGUUAUUUCACGAAUUUCACAAUUGAAUACAUUGACAAAUCAGUUGGUACAAUGUGAAAAUGAAAUAAAGGAAUUCAAUAUAUGGCUUGAUCAAGUUGGAAAUCAGUUAAAUUUUCAAACGACUGCUCAUCUACCAGAGGACUACUUAAAACAUAAACUUCAGUCAAUUAAAAAACAUAUACCGAAUCGUCAACUACAACUAGACAAUAUACAACAAUCCAUUAAUAGUUUAUUGACUAAACUGCCUGAAAAUGAUGAUAACAGUAAAUCGAUAAAAGAAAAUAUGACCAAUUUGACUAAUCGUUGGUUACAAUUACUUCGUUUAAUAAGUACACGUGAAAGUGAUUUGAAAACAAGAGAAUCUUUCAAUCAUUCUUAUGUACAAGUACGUAAUCAAGUACAAGAAAUGUUAUCGAUUGCCGAUGGACGUUUAACUACUUUAUCAGCGCCUUUUACAUUGAAUGUGAAUUCGUUGAAACAACAAAUGAACAAAUUAAAUGAAUUGCAUUCAUUGUUGGAGACAAUCAAACAAAAUUUGAAUGAAGUUGAUCAAUUAGGCACUGCUUAUGAUACUGUAUUGCAUAAAUCCAGUGGAAUUGAUAAGAAUUUUGAACUUGCCACAACUGCAUCAAAUGAUGCUGAUAUUUCGUCUGCAGCAGUACCACAUGUAUCCACUUCUACUGCUUACAAACAAUCAAAAGACAAUAAACUAAUGAAUGUAUUAAGUCCAAUGGCUAGCAGUGCAUCGAGUGGUAUUUCCAGUGCCGAUCCAAUGUAUAAUCUACAUGAAAUCAAUGAAAUCAAUCAUGAAUUAGACGAGUUACAUGAACGUUAUGAUCAAUUAAGUAAUUGUUUAAAUGAACGUCGAAAUGAAUUUCAAUCGACAAUAACAAAUUUAAAGAAUUUCGAAGAAAAACGUUUUGAAUUAAUAAAUUGGUUGGAAGAUUAUAUGAAAACAGUGAAUAAUAUGAAUAAAAAUAUCUCUACUGUACAAUCUGUAAAUCAAACUAUAAAUGAAUUUAAAAAAUAUCGUGCUCAGUUGAAUGAACAAAUACCAAAACUUGAAAGUGUCCGUCAAAGUUUUACACAAAUUCUACACAAUCGUGAUCAUAUGCCAGGUGCUGUAGAAUUAAGAAAUUCAAUGCAUUCUCUUGAACAACAAUGGAACGAAGCUGUUUUAUUUAGUGAUAAGUUACAGCAAGAUUUAAACAAGUUACAACAUGAUUUGAAUGAAUUUCAUAAACUCAAUGCUGAUCUCACACAAAUACUACAAGAAAAAGCGAGUCGAAUACACAAUGUGCAUGAUAAAUGCCUUGCAGAGAAUGAAAUAGGAAGCGAGAGUCAUUUGAAUGAAAUUUCUACACUUCGUGAAGAAUUGGACAGUGUUGUUCCAGAAUUAAAUAAAUUUAAUCAUUUAGUACAAAAUUUAAAAAAUUCUCUUCCUGAAUCUUUAGUAAAUCAAUUAGACUUGAAUUCGUCAAAUCAACGUGUUCGUAAUGAUUUCAGUCAGUUAGUUAGUGAAUUAUCAACAUGGGAGAAUGAAACAAUGAAUAAAAUUGAACCGAGAGAUAGUUAUGAUCAAUUAGUGCAAAAAUUAGAUUCACAAUUGAAAUCAAUUAAAACAAACAUGGACCGAAUUCCAGAAAGAGAACCUCUUGAAAAAACAAUUGAUUUAAAUGAAACAAGUAAGAAAAUUCAAGAAAUAAAACCAAUUUUACAAAAAGCUGAACAAUUGUGUACACAAUUAUGUGAACAGUCUACAAGUCCGCUGGAUCGAUGUAAUAUGAAAGCGAAACUUUCAGAUCUUCAACAUUCAUAUGAUCAAUUAAUCAAAGAAUAUCAUAAACAUGAUAAAGGAACACUUGAACAUUCACCAUUGGUAUCCAGCCAAUCUCAAAUAAGUCCAAUAAAUCAACUAGAUGAAUUGAAUCAAUGGUUGUCCGUGAAGAAUAAACAAUUACAGAAUAUGUCCCAUGAUCUGUUAGAUGCUAAUCGAACACCUCCUACAAGUAUACCGGAGACAAAGCAAAUUGAAAAUGAAUUAAAAAAUUUAGAAUUUAUGUCAGAAGAAUUAAAAGUUAAACAAAGAGAAUUACAAGAUUUAAAAGAAAACAGCGAAAUAAAAUCAUUGCCUUUACCAAUAGAUUCAAAAACUGUAGAUUUAUGCAUCAAUCAAAUGAAUUCAUUGCAGAAUGCUGUGACAGCACAACAGAAACAGUUAAAAUCAAAAAUGAACAAAGAAUUUCUAUUAUCUGAACAACUGAAAGAAUUGGAAGUAUGGAUAACAAACGAAGCUGUUCAAUUAUGCAAUGAACCUUUAGCUGCAAAUGGACAAUAUUUAGAAGAAAAACCUCUACCACUGAUGAAUUAUCAAAAAACAUUACAAAAUCGUCUACAAGUUAUUCAUGAUAAAAACAAUGAAUUAAAUUCUUUCAAAGAAAAAUUGCAUUCCAUUAAAACUGAUGGUAAUGAUAAAUUCAAUGAAUUAACUGAAGAUCAACUAAAUAAAUUACAAAUCAAUACAAAUGGUUUACAGAAUAAACUUAAUAAACUAGAGAAUGAUGUCAAAGUGAAACUUUCUCAUAUUGAUGAGAUUCAAAAGGCUUAUUCAAUGGCACAAAAUUCACUUGAUACUUACAAACAAUCAUGUGAUAACCUAGAAACUCGAUGGUUAAAUCUACAACAAGUUUUAUCUACCAUAGAACUAAACGAUCUCAAAUCAUCGUCACCCUCAUCGCCAAUAUCGUCAUCACCGACUUCUUCGGCAUCAAAUCAAAUCCAACAAAUACGUGGUCAAAUGAUUGAAUUACAAGCUGAACUAUCAGAAUUAACCAGUUAUCCGCAGAAAUAUUCCAAUUCAAAAAAUAAAUCAUCUCAUAUCAAUUUAGUUUCUCAAUUAAAUCAAUUGGAAUCAUUGAUUCAAGCAAACGGUGAUACAAAACCGAAACAAUCAAUGCAGAAACUUUCCAAUGAAUUACAACUAACCAAUAAACGAUUAGAAACUAUUGGACAAGCAUUAGAAAUGAAUUUUGAAAUGUUCCAAGUUAAAGAGAUGGAUCCAUUUGCAAUACAUUUUAUUAAAAAAUUAAACUAUAUUUAUGCUGAAUUGCAAAAUAUUCAAUUAAAUAUUAAUAAAAAUGAAAAAAUAAUUAAUUUAAAUUCGGAGACAACAAAACAAAGAAUUGAAUAUUUUGAAGAGUUGUUAAAACAGCUUAAUGAUUGCAAACAAAAUCUGACUGCUGGACGUAUUGAAUUAGCUGAUAAAAUGACAUCGUUGCCAGAUGAAAGGAAGCUUAGUCCAAUUUACUCAAAUUUUUCAACAACAUUGAAUCAAUAUGACACACAGUGUAAUAACAUGUCAAAACAAAUAAACCAUAUUAUCAGUGCAUUGAAUAAUCGCGUUAAACAAACGGAACAAUUGUCAACACUUCGUCAAAAUAUAAAUAGUUCAUUGAAAAAAGUUAGAGAAUCUCGUCAAUUACCUUUAAGUGAACAUAAUCUUCAAAAAGAAUUAGAUGAAUUAAAUUCUAAUAUGAAAUCAUUGAAAGAAUUAAGUGAAGCAUUGUAUCAAUCAUCAAAUGAUUCAUCUGAUAAACCAAUUAGUUCACAUCAAUUAGAAUAUGAAAUAAAAUCAUUAGAGAAUAUGAUUCAUGAAGAAUCAGUCAGUUCAAAAACUGUGAUAUCAUCGGAAAAACAAGCUGAACGAUUGAUAUCACAUUUACGUGAUACUCUAGUCGAGGUUCAACAUGAUUUGCAUAUCUUGACAAAUCAGUUCUUAUCAUCAGAUCUAUCAUCAUCACCUAAUCCGGAAGUGAUUACAUUAUUAAUUGAUGAUUAUCAUACAUUGAAUAGUCGUAUCCUAGCAAGAAAUGAUAAUUUUGACCAAUUAGACAAAUUAAUUCAAUCACUUCCGAAUGUAUCAAAUCAAAAUAGAUUGAAUUUUGAAAAACAAUUACUUAAAGAUGAUUAUGAUUGUGUACGUAAAGAGAUACAAUUUAAUUUGAAUAAAUUUCGAUUGUGCCAUGAAAGUGAAAAGCUGUUCAAUGAACGAAUUCAUCAAUUAUUAAUUUGGUUGAAACAAAAACAAACUUGUUUAAAUGAAUCAAUGCAAGUCACUACAACUACCCCAGGUAAUACAACAAUUUUAAUCGAUCUAACGGAAGAAUUAAAGAAAUUAAAAAAUUUAUCAGAAGACAUUGAAAAUUAUCAAUCCGCUAUUGAAGAGAUUACAUUAAGCGGUGAACAAUUAUGUAAAUCAGGUGGAUUCCUUAUAAAUGAAGAAUCUAUACAAAAUCGAUUAAUCAAUCUAAGUGAUAUGUAUGAAGAAUUACGAUCAGAUACAAGACGAAAACUGUUUAUUUUAGAAUCAGCUUUACCUGUCGCUCAAUGUUUAACAUCCUCUGUGAAUACGCUUAGUUUGCGUAUGCUUAAUGUUGAAUCACGGUUUGAUACAUUACUGAAAAACAAUACAACAAAAGACGUUAAUUUAACCCAAAUGGAGAAAUCAAUAAUAGAUCAAUUAGAAUAUGAAAUGAUCAAUGGAUUAGAACCACAAUACGAACAGGUUCAUAAUCUUUGGAAUCAAUUAAAACAAAUUUGCAAACCUAUGGAUUUGUUUACUAAUCCUUCAACAUUGACAACAAUACAAUUGCCUAACCAUUCGGACAGUAAACUUGGACAUGUGGAACAAAUCGACAAUGAAUUAAAACGAUAUGAUGAAUUCAAUAAAAAGCUUACUGAUUUAGCCAAACUUCUGGGUAGUAAUCGUCAAAAAGCUAAACAAUUAAUGCAUAAAUUAGAAAUUAAAUCACAAUGGUUAGACUUGGCAUUGAAACGUUUCGAUCCGAAAAUAUCCACUACACCAUCGCUAGAUUGGGAUCAUUAUUCGGAUGAAAAUCAUUUUAACAUGAAUGAAUCAAUGGAGAAAAUGCCAACUAUCAAUUCACUUGGUACGGAAUUUCCUUAUUUAGCUGUACUACCCUAUCAACCUGUUAUGUUAGAUAAAUUACACACCAGAAUAGAACAAUUUCAAGGGAAUUGGAAAAAGCAUCAAAUUGAUUUACAACAAUUAUGUGAUCAAAUUCAUGACAUCAUACAACUAUCUACAUUAUCAACCAAUUCCGCUAAUCGCAAUACAAUUAUCACCUCAUCACCUAUGAAAACAAACAAAUCUUAUAUACCAUUCACCACAGAUAAAUUUUAUCAUGAAUUAAGUGAUGCUGUGUCAAAUGUUUCAAAACAAAUGAUCACACUUGACAAUCGAUUGAGUCAAACAGAAAUUAGAUUUGCUGAAGUUUAUCCAUUAGCUAAAUGUUUCACAACAGAUAUGGUUGAAUUUCAAAAAUGGCUUCAACAUAUUGAACAAAUGAAAAAUGAUCUUGUUGACACUGUAUCCGAUGCCAAUAUUACCGCUGAUGAUUUCGGUGGUAAUCGUAAACAAGUUGAACUGAUUAAGAGUUUGGAUGAUGAGAUCGAACGUCAAAAAUCUGUAUUGGAUAGAAUUUUAAGAACAAGUGGACCAUUAUUAUCUUUAAUUGCUCCGGAUGAAGCUAAUGCCGUUCGUUUGCAAGUUAAACAAAUCUGUGAUAAUUAUGCUAAUUUACGUAAGCUGAUUAAAACUCGUGUAAUCAAAGCAGAAGCGAAUUUGAAACAAUCAGAUGAAUUUGUCGAGCAAUUACAUUCAAUGUCAGACCUUUUUGCUGCUAUAUCAGAACAAGCUGUUCGACUAGGUGUUCCUUUGGAAGUUUCUGGUACAACUAUUAAGCCAUCCAUAUUAUCUAAUGUUCAAAAUGAAACUUCAAAACAGUUACUUGAUCAACAUCAGGCUUUAGAUAUGUUGGGUAGAAUACAUUCAAUGACAAGUGUUCAACCAGAUCAUUUAGAAGAACAUAUCAAUGGAACAUCUACUCUUAUAGAAGCGUUGGAAUGUCGCUUACCAGAAUUGGAAGCACUUACUAUUAGUAUUCGUGCUCAAUUAGAAUCGAAACCGACUGUCAAAGAGUCGACUACCACACGUGAACCAGGAACAGUUGAAGUAAUUGAAUCGGUUGAUUUAGAAGCAGGCCAAUUAUACGCUUUACAUAGUUCCAUUUUGAAAAAUGCUGAAAAACUUCAAACAGACUGGAUACAAUUGCACAAUAAAUUAAAUUCACGUGUAACUACAUUACAAUCAGCUUAUAAAACAUCAUCAGAACAAUUUUGGCCAAUGAUCACUGAAAUAAAGCAUAGAUUAGAUCAAAUUCACCAAUCAUUAGAUAUUAUUGGAUCCGGUUGCAGUUUAAAUGAUCCAUGCAUUCGACGUGAUCCAUUCGAUGCAAACAGUUAUCAAGAACAAUAUAAAGAUUUGCAUGAAUUACGUGACGAAUUAAAUGAUGUCCACCAACAAUUGAAUCAAUCCUAUGAAGCUGGUCAAAAAUUAAUUGAUUUAAUGAAUGGACAAAUGAAUGAUCAUUCAGCACAAACAACAACACUACAACCAACCAUUAAAAAAAUGACUGAUAGUUUUACUUUAAGACGAGAUGAAGAACAAGCUAUACGUAAUGAAGUGGAUUAUGCUUUGCAUGGUUUAAAAAUAUCACAACAACAACUUGUUGAUAAAUGUGAACGUUUAAUUAAACAAUGCCAUGAACGUGAAUUAAGCGCUGUACAAUUUAAGUCUGAUUUAGUAGAUUUAAUGAAAUGGUUAACAGAACAAGAAAAUAUAUGGGAUAAUUUCCAACCUAUAUCAAAUAAUGUUGAUACUGUUACAAAACAAUUAAAUGAAGUUAUUCAAUGGAAUGAUAAUUUAAUGAAUAAACAUUCAGAAGUAGAAGCAUUAAAUUGGUUAGCUGGAAAAUUAAUGUCUAAUUCCGAUAACGAACGUUUCACCUUAGAUGAUACAAGUGAUGAUGGAACAUUUCCUGUACAAAAUACAACAUCAUUGCAAUAUGAUCUAACUGCAGCUAAUCGACGAUGGGAUAAUUUAUUAGAUUCCGGCAAUAACAGACGUCAUCGUUUACAAACUGUUCUACUUGGAUUAGGUGAAUUUGAAUGUGCUAUAGACGGAUUAAUCAAAUGGAUUGAUCAAACACAAACAACUGUAGAUCAGAUACCUAUACGUCGAGCUAAUAUUCGAGGCUUAGAAGCGGAUUUAGCACGUAUUAAAGUAAUUCAUCACAAUAUUAACAGUCAUCAAUUAGCUGUGGUAAGAAUAGAAGAACAAGCAAGAAAAUUAGAACGUGCAGAUUCCAAGAAAAUAAAUAAAUCUCCUGCAUUAGAUUCUACUAAUAAAGAUGUCAAAAGCAAUGCACAAACUCCAGAUUUGAAAAUAUCAGAUAUACGCGAUAAAAUUAUUCAAAUGAAUAAAGCAUGGGAACAUUUGAAAUUGAGUGUACGUAAUAAACAAGCUGCAUUGGAAGAAGCAUUGAGUGAGACCUUUAAUUUUCAUGGUCGAUUGGAUCAACUGAUACGUCGCACUCGCCAGUUAAAAAGUCGGAUGCCUCCACCAGGUGCACGCAUUAUGGGUGGUUUACCAGAUAGUGCACGUGAACAAUUACGUCGUUUUAUAGAAGUUUAUGAUGAACUUGUACAAAUUGGAUCAGAGCUUGAUGAAUUGCGUCGAAAUUCAGCUGCUUUAUUAGUGAAUCAAUCUGCCACAGAACCAUCGAAUCAAUUAACUAUGAAUCUUGAACGUUUCUGUCAACAUCAUGCUCAAUUGUUAAAACACGCUCAAGAUAUUCGUGAUCGUAUGGAAUUAGGUUUAAAACAAGUAGAAGAAUUGCAUGAUCAAUUAUCACAAAUGAUGCAAUGGCUUACACAAAUGGAACGUGCUAUAUUACAACAGAAACCAGUUAGUCGUAUUGUAGCUCGCCUAUUUCAAUUAAUACGUGAUCAUACGGAAUUACGCAAAGAAAUUACUGGACAUCGUGAUGCUUUAAUUAAUUUAGAUCGUUUAGGAAGUCAAAUACAAUGUCAAUCACAAAAACAAGAUGUAAUAUUGGUGAAAAAUCUUCUAUCUAGCAUUCAUACAAGAUGGGAACAAUUAGUUUCACGUAGUGCAGAACGUACACGUCAACUUAAUACUGGUCUAAAGGAGGCCAGUAAUUUUCUGGAUAAUUGGACAUUAUUAACAGAUUGGUUAAAAGAACAACUAGUUUCAUUGGAGGAAGAUGGUGAUCGUGUUGCUACAAGACCUGAGAAAGUUGCCUAUCAGUUAGCAUUACAUCGUGAGUUACAGCGUGCAUUAAGCACUCGCACAGUAGCUUAUGAUGGAGUACGUCGUUACGCUAGACAACUACGUGAUAGAGCACCAGUAUGUGAUCAUGAUGAAUUAGAUGAUAUGGUCAGCGAAUUGAAACAUUUAUGGCAAGCAGUGUGUACAAAAGCCUUAGCCAGACAACGCACUUUAGAACAAGCUCUUCUAGCAGCUGGUCUUUAUAAAGAAGCAUUAGAAGCUUUACUUGAUUGGUUAAGUAAGAUUGAACCACAGUUAGCUGAACAACAAACAGGAAUCUAUGGUGAUGUGGAUAUUGUUGAGCAAUUACUAGAAUCUCAUGAAUGUUUCAAAGCUGAACUAGAACAACGUGCUGCAUCUGUAAAAUUAAUACAUCAAGCUGCCAGUGAUUUAAUGAAUAAAGCUUCAUCUACUAUUGAUUCGGCAACAGCAUCAGCAGCUGGUGGUGGUGGUGGUAGUGGUUCAUCAACAAGUAAUCAAGCUGAUGUGUUUGCUAUGCAAGCUCAAUUAAAUCAUUUAACUAAGAUAUGGGAUCGUGUACAGAAUUUAACGCAACGUCGUAGUGAACGAUUAGAUCAAGCAUUAAAAAUGGCGCAGCAAUUUCAGGAUACAUGUCGAAGUUUAAUGGAUUAUUUUGCUGGCGCAGAACGCGUUAUUUGUCGUUUGGCUGCUUUACCUACGUUCGAUGACGAUGGUGAAUUGGAGAGUGAAACUGCUGAUAUUAACAGUCCACCGACUAAUAUAACAAAUGCAAUAACAGCUCAUCGACAAACCCAUGCUAAUUUAAUGAAUCAAGCUGACCGAGUUGAAACAGCUUUACAAUUAGGCAAUAAACUUUUAUCUCAAGCUCAUCCAGCAGCUGUGAAACGUUUACGUCAAUGGGUUAAUACUAUUCGUACACGGUGGGAAGAGCUAACUUCAUGGUCUGAACAACGUGGUGAACGUUUACAACAAGCUUUAGAAGAACAGCAUAAACGUAAAUUUCAACGUGAAGAACUCAUGCAAUGGAUUCAUAUAAAAACUGUUGAAUUAAAAAGUAUUCCAACAUCAAUACCGAUCGCAUCAUUUUCAUCUUCAUCAACUAAUCUACAUUCAGCUCAGAGUAAACUCGAUUCAACUGACUCAAAAUCAAUAGAUUUUAAAGAUUUAUUUUCCAUAACUCAAGAACGUAUUGCUUUGUCAUCUGCAACUUCUGCAAUUCCUCAUCCUAGUGCUGGCGCAAGCAGUAGUGCUAGCAUCAAUGGUAAAGAUUUAAAACAACCUGAAACUCUUACUGAUUUUACAACAGUUUUAAAUGAGAUAACUGAUCCAAAAAUUAUUGAACAAUUACUCAGUUUACAUAGUCAGUUAGAAGAAGAAGUGAAACAAAAACAACCUAUUUAUGAAAAUAUUGUAAAACAUGCUAAACGACGUACACCAGUUAAAUCAUCGCAUAAUAUUAAUAAUAAUAUUAUUAAUCGCCGAAGUCGUUUACCAAUACGAUCUGGUGGUCAUCUAUACAAUCGUUCUAUUAAUACAAUCAAUCAACAACAUGCUACAUCUAAAGUAGUUUUCACUUCACCGAAUAUUAAUCAAUUAUAUUUAAAUUGGAGAGAAUUAUGGAUUGCAAUGUUAGCACGUAAAUCACAAUUGAAUGAACGUCUAGCUUAUUUAAAUGAAGUUGAAAAAAUGAAAGAUUUUCAUUUUGAAUCAUGGCGUCAACGUUAUGUUUCAUGGUUAAGUGCAAAUAAAGCACGUGUCAUUGAUUUAUUUCAUCGUAAAGAUCGUGAUCGAGACGGUCGACUUACAAGAGCUGAAUUUAUUGAUGGCAUUAUAGAAAUGAAAUUUCAAACAAGUCGUGUUGAAAUGGAAACUGUUGCAGAUAUAUUCGAUGCUAAUGGUGAUGGAUAUAUUGAUUAUCGUGAAUGUUUAAAUGCACUCAGAGCUAAUUAUUAUAAUUUCGAUCGAGCAUCCUCAUCAAACACCAAUGGUGGUGAUAGUUCAUUGAGUUUCGGUCCAUCAGAUGAAGAAACGAUUAAUGAUGAAUUAAAACGUCAACUUGGUUUGUGCACAUGUCAUAAUACAUAUAAAAUUAAGAAAAUGGCAACAAAUAAAUAUCGGUUCGGUGAUUCACAAAAACUGUGUCUAGUUCGUAUUCUUCGCAGUGCUGUAAUGGUCCGCGUGGGUGGUGGUUGGGUAGCUCUAGAUGAAUUCUUGGUGAAAAAUGAUCCAUGUCGAGAUGCAUGUGAACGCUUAACUAGUUUAGCUGAUUUAGCUAAAGCAGCUGGUGUCGGUCGAAAUUCAUACUGGUCCUCUUCACCUGCUCCUUUACAACAUUCAUCUUCAUCAAUAAAAUCAUACCAUCGAGUCGACUUGAGUAGUAAUAAUAAUAAUAAUACAACUAAUCAUUAUGUGAUUAGUUCAACAAGUAGUUGUAGUGGCGGCAGUGGUCAUAGUGUUAAUUUUAAUGAUAGUAAACAAAUUACUACUGAUCAGCAUACAUGUAAUUAUUCUUCAAUGAAUAAAAAUUCUCUAAUUAAAUCAUCCGAAUCAUCAUUGUCAAGUUCAUCACGUUUAAAACCAGUGCAUAAACGUUCACGUUAUGAUACACAUAAUUUAUAUCAAUUAACAAUGAAUGGUCCUGGACAAGAUAAUGCAUUUUAUUUAGUUAUGCCCACUUCACAAUGGAAAUCAAUGGGUGAUUUUAAUGAAGAUUUACACAGUUCAUCUGAUUGUGCAAUUGCACCAAUCACACCUGUAUUGACAAUGUUUCAACGUAAAUCGUCGACUUUGACUCAUCCUCAACGAUCAUCACCUAUAUCACAAUAUAGUACAACAUCAGCUAGUUCAUAUGUAUCAUUGCCUGCAUCAAAUCAUAAUUUGACUAUAGUUAAAAAUGAUACUACUAAUUCUAUGCAAUCAAAUCCUCCUAAUCGACAAACAAUAAUACCAUCAUCAAAAUCUUAUAGAAAUAGUAUACAUGGUGAAAUUGUUCCUGACAAAUCUAUAACUGAUAAUCUACAUCAUCAAAGACGUGCUUCAACACUUUGUAUACCUUCUACAAAUAAUAAUAAUAAUAAUAAUACAACAUCAAUGUAUUUAAAAGAAUUUACUAAUAAACCAUCUGGUGUUAUUCAUUCUGAAAAUUUGCCUCAAAUAAGUAAAACCAUGUCAACAAAAUCACACAGUACCACAUCUUCUCCUAGGAUUGAUUCAUUUCAAAUUUCUGAUUCACCUAGUAGUACACUACUAUUACCUAUUGAUUCACCUGAUUCAAUUCAAUUUAAUACAAAAACAAAGAGAUAUUCCUUAACUAUGCCCGGUUCAACUUGUGAUAGUUCACGUAUAGAUGAUAUUUUAUCAAAGUCUAAAAUUCCUUCACUACAAUCUAAUAUGACAGUGGACAACAAUUCAACACAUCACCGAUUGACGCAAUUAAGCGACGUUGUUGCUGACGCUGACACCACAAAUGAUGACCCUAAUAAUAAUAGUAAUAAUAAUAAAUGA